CCAUGAGCGCUCUCCGUCCAUCCACCGGAUACCUUCACUGCCACCUCUAACCGAACCACAUCUUAGCAAACCGAAGAUGUCAGCGUGCGGCGAUUUUGCAGAACACGUGUGGAAACCAGGCUCUUGCAAGAACUGCUUCCACCCGCUCAGCGCGCACAAGUCCGUCGGCACCCCGGAUGGCAGCGUGUCAGCCGCUUGUUUGAAGAGCAACGCGGGAGGCGAUGAAGAAGCUGGCUUGACGACGUCACCUUCGCCGUACAGCAAGCCAACCAUCGCUGUCAAGCCCACUAUGAUGAGCCUUGAAACCAGUGAGCCAAAAGACAUAAACAUGAACAUAGAGCAGCAGGAUAAUGCAAAAAGCCCAUCUGAACGGAUGGGCUUGAAGAAGCUUCUAAACAUGUCACCGCUUUACAUUGACAAUAAUGGCUGCAACAAGGCCCGCAGAAAUGCAGCACUUCAAAGUCCUGAAGGCAAGACUGACUACAACAACUGCCUGUCUUUGUCCCCCCUCUCCUUGUCCCCCAAUAUUAUGCCUAAAGACUCCAUGAUCAUCAGCAAUAUUUUGAUCGGCCAAGAGGAAAGUAGAGGUUCUCAGAAUUUAAAGAAAAAUGCUAACGAGGACUCCUGCUGGCAGCGUAAUAAUAUGUCUACUAAUGGGAACAGAAGCGCUCAUAAAGGAAGUGGUGUGACAAAUUUUAAGGAGUCUCGUGAGGCAGCUGAAGAGCUUCCUUUGUCAGUGGAUAUUGUCCCAUCAGAUCACGCCACAAUUCAUUGCAAUGGUUUAAGCUGUGGUCAUGUCACACCAUCCGGAUCUUCUGUUUCACAUAUGUCAGCCUCAAGUGUGGAUUUUACUAAUCAAUGUAGCCCGACGUCCCUGAACUCUGGUGCUGUCCUGUCCAAAGAGAGCAGCCUAUCGGAUUCCCUUUCUUCAUAUCGUAGCAGUACAGGUUCUCUUCCUGGGCCUGAUGGGUCAGUAGGAAGACAGGGCCCCCAAAGCCCACAGACUAGUUUAGAGUCAACGUCCACCUCUCCCAUUGUACGAGAAAAUUCGGAGCCAAUAUAUGCUGAAAGCACCAAGAAAAAGUCUAAGCCAGGAAAUGGACUACAAAGCCAACCGGAGUCCCCAAAUCAGCCCAAGCAGUCUCAGUGCUCUGAGUCCGAACAAUCCGGAGAGAGUCAGCGGGCCACCAUCACUGUAAUGGCUGCUCACACAGAGGAAAACAACAGAACUUUCUACCUGAGCAGCCCAGAUUCUGGUGUCAGCACCCAGUGCAACUUCAGCCCCCCAGCGUGCAAAAAUCCCAGUAGCCCGGCGUUUCGUUGGCCCAGCCCAAGCCGCAGCGCACCAUGUCUAAGCCGAGAAGCCUCACUGCCGUCCAGUGUCUACCCCAAGCCCCAGUCUAGUCCGCCUAUUCCUCCGAAGAGAAACUCUCGCUCUCUCAAACUGGGUACCUCCAGCCUCUCGCCAUCUCUGUCGUCUCCGGUCCCUCUUCCAGAAUUCCCCAAACUAGGUGCAUCUAGCCUCCCAGCAUCCAUGUCGUCCCCUGUCCCGCUCCCCGAACUCCCCGUCUUUUUCCUCGUCUCAUCGAGAGAGGGCCAAUUCAGUGUUCCCUCCGACGACCAGAGUGCAUCCUCUGACCGCUCCCACAAGCCCCACCACCACAGCUCCAACUGGAACUGUUGCAUCGAGGAAGAAGAGGAGGAGGAAGAGAGAGAGCGGAAAGGGACAGAGAAGAGGAAGAACAAGCAGCUAGCUGCCAGCCCGGGUACAACCUCCAUGGUGACAGGCCUGGUCAAUGGUGCUGCUGUCUGGAAGGAGGCCAGUGACUGUAAUGCCCACAGCAGCCCCACUCUGAUGACACAGCCAGGCACAGCCCCCCCAGCUGGCCCCAACAAUGGUUCCUGUCAGGGGGAAACUAAGGGCACCGGCACAGAGGAGGAGGGCAAGCAUAACGAGAGCAUGCCGGCCAAGCAAGCGUUACCCGGCUGCUCGUCAGAGCUGCUGGCCACAGGGAAAGAGGCUGCCAAAAAUGACCCCAAUCCUCCACCUCCCCCACCUAAGAAACUGCACAGAGUGAGCAGUAAGAUGAGUGGCAGUAGCGUGGAGCUGAACUGCUGCAGACAACAAGGCUCAGUAGAAAGUCAUACAUCGUCCCUACAGAGCCUGGGCAGCACCAGCCUACCGACGGCCUCCACCGACAACCUGGCAGCUGACUUCGGUUCUCGGGAUGCAGCGCGGAUGUCUUGUUCUUCACCUUUUUCCAGAACUCCCAUUGGAUCAGCUCCUGGUUCCCCUCUCCCACCCUCUCUCAACAGUUUGGGGAACCAACCGCCUCCUCUUCCAGAGAAGAAGAUGGUCAACCGCACGGUGUCGGCUCCGGAAAAUGCAAACGGAAAACCCUUUGUCCGGGCCUACCCGCGCCUCCCGUUUGCCGCCUCCGAAAGCAACGUGUGUCGCUCGGCCGAGACCAGCUCCCGCACCAGUUUACCGCCCAGCCCCGUCGACCCGCGGCCCGUUUUCUCCUCCAACGAGUCCCUGGAGCGCUGUCACACCCCACUGGGCCGACCCUCCAGGUCUCGGACGCUGGACGAGCCGCUCAAGACUCCUCAAAGCCGUCUCGGCGUGCACUGCCGAACCAGCAUCACCGUCGCCUCUUCGCCUCAGCUCAGCGCCCCCUUCUCUGCCUCGGAGCCGGGGUCGGCGCCGAAUCUGGGCUCCAGCCUGCAGCUCCAAACCCUCCUCAGUAACAUUGACAGUAGAGAAGGGGUAUACUCCAAACUGGGCGGCCUGUACGCCGAGUCCCUGAGACGCUUGGCUUUGAAAUGCGAGGACCACUUCACCCGCUCCCAGAAGAAUUCCCUGAGGUUUGACGAGAGCAACUGGUCUCUGUUCAGGCUCACGUCCAACAAGCCCAGCUGCAACGCAGGAGAUGCUGUUUACUACUCUGCUGCCUGCGCCUUGGACCCCAGCAACUCCUACGCUGUGAAGAUCUGUAAGAGUCCGUCCGUUGAGUCCAAGCAGGGUCAUGUGUACGGCCUGUCAGUGCAGCAGAGUAUCCCUCCUCACUUUAAUCUCCAGCAGGACUGUGGUCACUUCCUGGCCUGCGUUCCUCAGAGCAUGCUCCCUUCAGACGAAGCCUCUCUGCCCUCUGCUUCACCCGCAUCUGUCCAGCAGGUGGACCAGGAGAGGGUGGUGGUCAUCACUCCCGAGAUCCCUCGCCAGACCGCCGCCGACUUUGUCCGGGAGUGGGAGCCGGUCCACGAGACUCAGCCGGAGGUGUACGAGCGCCGCGUGUGCUUCCUCCUGCUGCAGCUCUGCGACGGCCUGCAGCACCUGAAGGAGCACGGGGUCACGCACCGCGACCUGUGCCUCGAGAACCUGCUGCUGGUGCCUCACCGGCAGAGGCUCCGGCAGCAGAGCAGCGCUGAGGGCGGCGCCGCCUCCGCGGACGCCCAGCGCCACCUCCCCCGCCUCCUCGUCAGCAACUUCGCCAAGGCCAAGCGGCGCUCCCCGGAGGACACCGCAUCGACGAGCGGUGACCCCCGGGUCAAGCGCGACCACGCCAGGCUGGCGCCCGAGAUCGUCUCGGCGGCCCAGUACCGCAAGUUCGACGAGUUCCAGACGGGCAUCUUGAUCUACGAGCUGCUCCACCAGCCCAACCCGUUCGAGGUGAGCCCGGCGCUGAGGGAACAGGACUACCACUCCGAGGACCUGCCCCCGGUCCCCUCCCUCUCCCUUUACUCCUCGGGCCUCCAGAAGCUCGCCCGGCUCCUCCUCCAGCCCGACCCCAUCAAACGCAUCCACAUCCAGGAGGCCAAGCGCAUACUGCAGAGUCUGCUUUGGGGCCCCCGGAGGGAGCUGAUGGACCAGCAGCGGGAGAGACACGGGAAAGGAGGAGGCCUCGCGGACAGCUCGCGAAACGAGAGCCUCCUCAACUGGCUGGACGUGAAACGAGCCCUGCUGAUGAUGAAGUUCGCCGAGCGCUCGCUGGAGCCGGAGAGGAACGCCGAGCUGGAGGACUGGCUGUGCUGUCAGUACUUCUCAUCAGCUCACCCUCUGUCUCUCUGCCACACCGCAGAACUGCUCUACGCACUGAAGUGACUGUGAGGCUUCAAAAUAAUGUGUGCAAACUCACGAGUGUGUGUGUGUGUGUACGUGCACCCGCUUUGGAUGUUAUCAUCCAUUAAAUGGACGUUAUUAGCCGUUA